AUGUCUUCCCACGCAAUGGCCGGAUUGGCCACGGAAUUUCUGAUAAUCUCGAUUCUUGGCAUCGGUGCUCUCCAGGCCUCCUCGCCGUCCUUGCGUGUAUUGCUCCUGGGAGCGAUCUGGUAUACCGGCAUCGAGGCAUUGAGAGGCCUCCUGUUCAACAUAGGCGAAGCUUCGCCCCUCGCUAGUCUGGUCGGCCUCUUCAUAAUCAUCUGGCUUUUGCACUUGACGGAGCUACUAUUGGUAGAGAACCAUAUCGUUUCGGGGAACGGGCCACUAUCAAGAUUGCAUGCAGCGUAUAAGAUGCUUUUCAACGUCAGAAGAACAGCACUUAUCGCAGACCCCCAGCAAGUUCCUCGACAGAAAGAGCACAGCGGUGGUGAGAGCCAGCGCCCACAAUUCCGGAACAAGCACCUCAUAAAGGCCAGUCUGUUGGCAGGCCUCUUCUGGACCUACAKCAAUGCCCUUAUGGCGAUCACGGUACCUGUCCUCUCGGUGGCCAUACAGGCAUGGCAGUCAGAUCUCAGUUUCUUCAGCUAUACCCUCCAACAAUUGCUAAGCGAUUUUAUCGCGCGUCUCAUCCUGGUUACCGAUUUUGUCCUAGGCACCUACAUGCUAGACAGUAUCUUCCACUCACUCUUCGCACUGCUCUUCGUCAGCGUCCUCGGCUUGGACAGCCCGGAGGAAUGGCCAGAUCUUUGGGGAUCCAUCGUGGAUACGACUUCUGUUCGAGACUUUUGGGCCAAAUUCUGGCACAAGCUUGUGCAGCGUACACUUGUUGGUCUCUCGUCCUCUCUUCUCCGUGCAUUUGGCGUUGGAUCACGCGGGACUGCGGGCAGGACGCUCAUUCCGUUUCUAGUAUUCCUGCUUUCCGGCGUCGUGCAUGGCUUGACCACCUGGAGCUUGGGAUUCMAAUGCGGCUGGUGGGCCGACAUAGCUUGGUUCUGUGCUCAAUUUGGCGUCAUCAUCUUGGAGGAUGCUGUGGUGUCCCUAGCAAGAAGGAAUCUAAGCCCGAAGCUGACGCCCAAAGUUCGUGCCGCGAUCGGAUCCACGUGGACAUGGGGAUUUCUGCUGUACUCGGUUCCAAAAUGGCAGAUGGCAAAGACGCAAUGUUGA